AUGCGAUUGGCAGACGAGGCGUUGAAAACACUGGUAGCACCAAAAGCCGGCAAAGAAGAAAACAACAUGGCCGGUCUUUUAGAUCUACCUAUUGAGGUCGUGAAAAUGAUCCUUGAACAGCUAGCUUCAGAUCCCAAAACUUCGGUAAUGGAUUACUACAAUUGGAUAAAAGUUAUGGGAGACUCAGGUGCGGCUGUCAGUGCACUUCUUCGCGAAAAAGUUUAUCUUGUUAACUUGUGUGAAUCAACCUCUGAUUUUGUUCAGACAAUAAGAGGCUACAAUAGUUCAAUUGAUCCAAAAGAUGUUAUCCCCAGUCACGUCAAUCACGUCGUCAUAGCUGCUGAUGAAGGUACUUUUGAUGAGAAAACGCCAUUAGAUUUGCCACAACCAUACGGUAGUAUGAAGAUUUAUUUGGCUUACCAUUACACUGGCAGUCAAAUCAAUCUCAAAAGGAUCCACGCAAAAUACGUCGACAAGUUUCCGUUCGGUUGUCUACGACCAAAUCACAUAAUAGCGAUUGGUCAAGACUCAUCGCAACUGCGAAUUGAGCGGGAUGAUGGGAACAUGUUCGACUCUUAUUUUUAUCCAGAGGCAAAACCACUUUUUCAGAACGUCACCUUCUUCAACGUCAGACAUUUGUUCAUUGACAAGACAUGCCUCUCGGAUUUCGCCCAAAUGAGGCAAGGAAAUCUCAAAUGGAGUAAAAAAGGCGAGCAUGGCGUCAUAUUCGAACGGUUGGGAAAAUACUAUCGUGAAAAUGAGACCUUGUAUCCAGUCAAGAAGGAAUGGGUGACAAAGCAAUACCGAGCAAAUGGUUUUGUCGAAACGCGUGACAUCGAAGUGUAUGAUCGAGACGGGUGCGAAGAACCGAGUAAUGAGCUUCAAUUGCUAAUGAAAAAAUCAUAUCUGACUGCAUACCUUAGUAUGUCAAUGAGCUGCCCUCAGCUUGAAGCUGUUACUUUUGCCCGAGAUGAGAAAGAUGAGAAAGACACUAAUCUCAAUAUGGUCAAUCUUCAUCGGUUUUUGCAAAGCUCAUCGGAUUAUACCCUACAAGAAUACCUCACUCUCCACUCUCUAAGAAACUGGAACCUACCAUCGAUAAGGAUUUUCAGUGGACACAAUUUUCUUUGGCAUGAAGAGACAACGAGCAGUGCCAAAAAAUAUGCUGAUGCUAUAAGUCUCAUCCCUACAAUCAGAAGUCGAGUGCAAAAAGAAAGCCCCGAUGGUCUUCUUCACAUCAAUGCCCAGCUUGUUCCGGACGGCGUCUUACACACGAAGAUCAACAACUGGGUGCCUUUAGAUGUGGAUUUUGUAUCUGACGUCAGAAAGAGCAAUUCACCACUGAUAUGUUUACGACAACCUUGCUUGAAGUCUUUGAAACUUGGAUUACUGGUCUCGAAGCCAGAGGGGAGCCUUACAGUAGAGGGAUUGUAUCUACCACAGCUCGGUAAACUUGACAUAUCGUUCAAUACCGAAUUAGUCCACAGGUCAGUCCGAAAUCCAAUGUUUAACAUUACAUUUUCGGAAUGGAAUGAUCUCAGAGAUUGCAGACUGUUCGACUGCCAGUUGAAUCAAGAAUAUGAGGGACACAUCAAUAUGCUUGUCUCCAACUUGAAGAACGCAUUGCCGCGCCUAGAGUCCAAAAAGUGUUUUAAAGGCUUAGAAAGGAACGAAUCCGUAGCAUUUUCGAGCAAAGGUUUUGUCCUCGACGGAUUAGAAAAGAUAGAGCUGCCAAUCACUAACUGA